AUGUCAGACAUCCCAACAAUAUCCAAUGCACUUGUCAUCAACUCGUACGGACCACCAUCAGUCCUUCAAUGGACCCAAAUUACAACACCAACCAUACAAUCACCACACGACGUUUUGAUACGUGUACACGCCACAUCCGUGAACCCAGUAGAAUGGAAAACCCGAAACGGUGACUUCCGUCUAAUAUUUCCUUUGAUGGCUGGAUUUCCACAUAUCCUCGGAAAAGAUUUCUCUGGUACAAUUGUAGCAGUUGGAUCAAAAAUCUCGAAGUUUCAGGUCAAUGAUGAAGUUUUUGGAACUGUGAUGGAUGGCGCGUAUUCAGAAUAUUUGAUUGUUAAUGUUGAGACAGAUGGAAUUGAAAAGAAACCACGAGGAUUGACGCAUUCUGAGGCUGCGGGGGUUUCGAUUGCCGCGUUGAGUGCAUGGGGUUCGUUGGUUGAUCUGGGUGGGUUACCAGUUGUUGGUGUAAAUGACGGUAAGAAUGCUGAGGGUUCAGAAUCUGGUAAACCUAAAGUAUUAAUAAUUGGCGCAUCCGGUGGUGUUGGAACUUUUGCCGUCCAAUUGGCAAAGGUAGCAAACAAUGCUCACGUGACAGCAAUUUGCUCUGCAAAAAAUGUCGCUUUAGUAACCAGUCUCGGAGCCGAUUCAGUAAUCGAUUACACAACUCAAGACUACGCGUCAGUUCUUGCCUUAAAUCAUCACGAAACAUUUGACUUAGUUGUCGAUUUAGUAGGUCAAGAAGGCACCUACUCUAAGACAAGUCCUCUCUUAAAGAAAACGGGUAUAUAUGUCGAAGCAGAAAAUGAGUAUUGUCAAGAAAACGUAAGCGCAACAGAUUUACUGAAAUUCGGGUUCUCGUCAAUGAUUGGAAGGAAUUUCUUUGGCCCGAGACGAUCAAAAAAUUUGUUUGGUGUUAAUCAAAAGGAUUUGCGCAAAAUUAUGCCGUACUUGGAAAGUGGAAAGGUGAAGACUGUCGUUUGGAGGGAGGUGCCGUUGAGUGACGGUGCGAAAGCUCACGAGUUGAGUGAGACGAAACGAGCAGUUGGUAAAAUUAUUAUGACGGUAUUAUAA